AUGCAGGCCGAGCGUCGCAAUACAUGCCCUGCCUGCGAAUCACAACUUACGAAGCCCGACGAUGCCGUCAUCACAAAUCUGAAUCCAAGUGAAGACUACAAGACCAGCGUUCUGAGUGGCCUAAGUCCCAAUGUCAUCAUGGAGUGUGCCGGUCGUGCUCUCAGCUUCUGGGCCUAUCAGACCACUCAAAACAUUUAUUACCAACAGCAUCUAUACAGAACACUCACCGAAAAAUACUCGGGCCUCGGCAUUCGUCUUGAAAAGACUGUGAGCGACGCAAAUACAGAGAUCGAGGGGCUUCACCAUAAAAUGUCAGGUCUAGCAGCAGAGCAGGAAAGCUUGAGGCGGAAGCACGAGGAAAUCUCCCAGGCAUACAAAGAAAAGAGCCGCAAAGUUCUACAGUUGCAAGAAUUAUAUGACAAAGUCAAGAGGAGGGCCGAGCUUGGUCAGAUUCAAAGGGCGGCAUCCGAUGCUGUUGAUCAUACGUUGCAGGCAGCACAGCUCGACCCGGGCUACGGUGGCAAUAUGACUGCACAAGGCAAUCUUGAGAACAAUCCUGCACCGGUCUUUGGACAAAGCCACCGGGUUAAUGUCUCUGGAAUGAACAAUGGUGCCGCGCGAAACUAUCACAAUAUGGCAACUGGAGGAAACCAGUGGUCACGGCUUGGAGGAUCGUCUCAUCGCGAUCUCUCAGGAGUGCCUGUUGGUGGGCUUCGCCGACCAACUAUGGGCGGAUCAACAGUACAUCAAGGCACAGGCUUGCCGACUCUGACAGGACCUUCCAUGACCGGAUUCGGUAGAUCGAGACAAUCGCCCAACAAUUUUGCCCCGGGUUUCAUCAAUCGCGGUGGCUUAGCGGGUGUCGGCUUGACGUCUGGUAUCAAAGCACACAUCCGUUUCAUGCACUCACAAAAACUCAGUAUGCCACGCAAUUCUAACAACAGGCCCGAGCCGCAAACCCAGCCGGUACUGGGUGCAGCAUCUUCGUCGUCGUCAUCAUCAUCGCUAUUUGACGGUAGAUUUUCAAGGGCGUUUGUUGGACCCGCCAACAAGCCUACUACAGUCUUCGCGCUCAUCAAGAGCAGAAUAUGUAUGCAGACGCGCAGAAAACUGGGAAAGAUGGGACUCCGCAAAGGGUCAGAUCUACGCGCGAGAUUCAAGGCAAGAGAAGCAACUAGCGAGGGUCAAGGUAAGCCUGUUGUCUCAGCUCCCUUCGUUGCGCCUCAGCAGCAUCCAUUGUCAAACACCAAUGAUCCUACCUAUGGAGACCGACAACCAUCCUCUCGGCAAUCAAUUCAGUACAGUAAACUCGGCCAUCAGCGAGAGUCUUUGGGGUCUCACCCAGUCCACAUUGCCCCUAGGGAUCGCUACAACGACGAUGACAACCAGCUCUGUGAAACCCCUAGUUUGAGCAGAGAGGCGCAGGCGGAGCUGUUGAAAGUAGUCAUGGAUCUAGAACUUCAGAUCGAAAAGGCAACAAUUGCCGCAAACAUGUACUUUCACCAAGCUCAUGGUUGGGCGCCCCAGAGUCCAAUUCCCGAUGACCUUGAUUCGUUACCCCAGAUGCUUCAAGGACUUUACGCGGUCAUGACUUGGAUGCAGCAACGCAUUCAAGUAUACGAGACUAUGGCCCCUAGACUCCGAGGGCAUUAA